GUUCGCUCGUGUACAUGAGCGACGACAGUGGACUGGAGCCAUGCUUGAGCACUGACUCGGGUAGCCUAGCCUAGAGGAGGCGGCCCGGCGUGCUUCGCCAUGGCGUCCGUGAGCGAGCGUCGCCUGCGGCCCAUAUACGACUCGUUGGACUGCGGCAACAGCAAGAAGGCCCUGCAGGAGGCGGAUCGGCUUUUGAAGAAGCAGCCCAACUUUGCUUGUGCCAAGGUGCUGCGGGCGCUGGCGCUGCUGCGGUUGGACCGUCAAGAGGAGAGCCGCCGCAUCGUGGAGGCCGUGGUGGCUGAACUGCCCACAGACGACAACAGUCUACAGGCGCUCACCAUCUGCUACAAGGAGCUGCACGAGCCGCACAAGAUUUGUGAGCUGUACGAGGCGGUGGUGAAGAAGGAGCCCACCAAUGAGGAGUUCCACUCGCAUCUCUUCAUGGCGUUCGUGCGCGUGCUCAACUACAAGAAGCAGCAGCAGACGGCUAUGGCGCUGUACAAGGCCUGGCCCAAGAACCCCUACUACUUCUGGGCGGUCAUGUCCAUCCUCAUGCAGGCGAUCGACGUCGAGGAGGGCUCGCUCAUGUCGCGCACGCUGGCGCUGCAGCUGGCCGAGCGCAUGCUCAAAGAUCGUACGCGAGAACAAGAUGGAGGCCGAGGCUGA